CAAACGGUUAUCCUCCGUCAAGCCACUCAAUCGAUCCUGUCACAGAAAAAGUGACAAAAAUGCAGUCAAGAUCAGAGUGAUAAGGACGUAAUCCUUUGUGCUUAGUAAAGAAACUUUGUCUUGCUUACGAACAGAUUUCGUAAUUUUCAAAGAAUUGUCCGGUGGGUUCAUUGAGAUCUCAGAUGAUGUUGAACGCCAAUUUGAAAUGGACCCACGCGGAAACUCCAGUUGUCUUCAUGUUUUCUCUUCUUCUACGACAAGUUUUUCUCUUGGUAGUCAAUAGCAUUGUCUCAGAAAUCAGUGGAAGGAGGAAGAACAAAAUUUCUGAUUGAUGGCUAGAUCACACGUUCCUAAGUUCGGGAACUGGGAAGGUGAUAAUGUGCCCUAUACAGCUUACUUCGAGAAUGCCCGCAAAGAGAAAACAGGUGGUGUAAUGAUAAAUCCAAACGAUCCGGAGCAGAAUCCAGAGGCCUUCAAUUUUGGAAAUAGAAGUCGUUCUGGUGCUGCUUCAGCAUCUAUCCGUAUUAGUCCUGAUAAAUCGGUGGCAGCUGGAAAUUUUCAGCAGUAUGUUCGUCAAAGGAACGCAGCUUCAGAAUCAGGCAGCGAUAAAAGCGCAUCAGAUAAUUCAUUCCUUAAGCCAAAGCACCAGCGUAGAAGAUCUGAGCGAAAUAAAUCUUUGGAUGUUGGCAGUAAUAGCAGGAGCAAUCCACUAUCAGCAGGGCCUAAUAGAAUGAAUCAUGCGGAUGAUUUUUCCUAUAAAUCAGCAUCUGUUCCAAAAUUUGGUGAAUGGGACGAAAGAGACCCUAGAUCAGGGGAAGGUUUCACCGUCAUCUUCAACAAAGUGAAAGAGGAAAAACAAAUAGCGGCUGCUAAAUUCUCUCCCGUGCCCUUACAAACUGCCAACGAUUAUCCAACCAGUCCAAACAAGAAGACUACUAGAUCAAAGAAAUGUUGCUGUCUGUUUUGAAGAGCAACAAUAUAUGAUUCAAUUUACAUUGCUUUUGAGUAUUGUGGGACGUGAAGCUGGAAAUCUGGGGUGCUUUUCCUCAGCGAAACGACAAAAUGUUAAUGCUAUCAGUAGAAUUUUUACACUUUUCCACAGUGAAGAUAAGUUGUCUGUAAGACCACAGUUCCUUAUGCAGCAGCAAUGAAAAUGUUCACAUUAUUGGUUA